AUGAAGCAUAGGAAUAGCAAAGGAAACUGGUAUAUCCCUCCGGAGCCUAAUGAUGAAUCACCAGCCACGCAUGCAAAAUUGCUCAUUCUAAGAAGUUUAGCAGUUAUGUUUACCGUUAAAUAUAUCGCACAAUAUUUAUUUAAUCACCCGCCACCUGAAGUUUUCGUCUCAGGAACAAUGCUGACUGUUGCGCUUAUCACAGUUAAUAUUUAUCAUUUCGAGAAUCUUGGUAUCGUUAAGCCGGCCAUUCCGCUUUCAAUUCUUUGGGGUGUCGCCACGCUUACUACUUUAGUUUAUACCACGUCUGCGCAUGACGUUUCUCAUGAGAUAUAUCUUGUCACUAGUAUGUUAAUGUUCAUUCUCGAACUAACUUCGCCUCGAGCUGCAGGACUACCAAAGACCGAUAAGAAACCUCCGCUCAAGAACGCGCAUAAACCUUUGAGCGGUCAAGUGACCACGAUGAGUCAUACGAAAGCAGAUUAA